UGCUUUGAGCUGUGGUCAUGCUCGUUACAGUGCAGACUUCACCCUUAUCUCUUCUUUACUACACUCCACCCACAACCACCCUCCUUUUUCGUCCCUUUGGUUGCUUUUGUCUCCCUUCCUCACUCUUUUGCUAACCUGCCUUCGGCUUGCUUCCCGCGUCGAAACUGCAGCGAGAGAGAGAGAGAGAGAGAGAGAGAGAGACAGAUGCUUCGUAAGAGCUCCAUUUGCCCACCACCUCCCUCCGUUUUCCUCGUUUUCUCAUGCGUACAAGACAUCUACAAGCCGGACACACUUCCUCUUCCCUUCACCUCUCUCUUGACAUCCCCUGUCUUCCGCAUUGCUCUUCUUGUGGCACGUCUCACCUUCUCGCAUUGCUCUGCCUCUCUCUCUUUCCCGAUCUGAACACCUCGAGGAUCCAUAAAGUUCCGAUCUUUUCUGGUUUAGUCCUAUAAAACAUCCAUAAGCAAACUUCUCCUUCGUCUCUUCUCGUCUAACUUGUCUCCUAGCGGAGAAAUAUUUGAUUUUUGCUGUUCUUCCUCUCCCUUUGCAUCCUUUUCCUCCACAAAAACUUGGUAAAGCUUCACUUUUUCUCCUCGAUUUCUUCUCAUCAUCGGUUAUACUCCCCAAAGAUUUCCUUUUUCCUUCUUUUUGAGAGAUUUUUCAUCAUCGCGAAAAUCUCUCCUUUCCUUCAAGUUUGAUGGGCGCUCACCACAGCAAGAGGCCCGACACGCCGCCGGUCCUAUUAGAGGACGGCGGCGACGCCUCGGCGGCUGCCGCGGGUGACAGAGGGGUCCAGGCCGACAUCCGGUACGUGGCAGAACUCAGCUCGUACGAGGCCGCCUGCCGCCUCGAUCCCGAGCUCCAGACCUUCGACUCGACGCUCCAGCGGCGCACCAGCCGCGUCAUCUCCUCCCUCGCUCUCGGAGUUGAGGUCCGCUCCCUCUCCCUCGACUCCCUCCGCGAGAUCACCGGCUGCCUGCUCGAGAUGAACCAUGAGGUGGUGAAGGUCAUCCUGGAGUGCAAGCGCGACAUCUGGAAGAGCCCCGAUCUCUUCGACCUCGUCGAGGACUACUUCGACAACAGCCUGCAGACGCUCGACUUCUGCGCCGCCCUCGAGAAGUGCCUCAAGAAAGCCCGCGAUACCCAACUCAUCAUCCACGUGGCCCUGCAACGCUUCGCCGAGGAGGAGGAGGAGGAAGACGACAAUAAGAAGUACUCAAGGACAUUGGAGGAGUUAAGGCUCUUCAAGGCGGCCGGCGAUCCAUUCACCGAAGAGUUCUUCCGGGUCUUCCAGUCCGUCUACAAGCAGCAGCUGCUGAUGCUGGAGAAGCUGCAGCUGAGGAAGAACAAGCUCGACAAGAAGCUGAAGUCCAUCAAGGCAUGGCGGACACUCUCGAGCAUAAUCUUCGCCGCCACCUUCGCCGCAGUCAUCAUCUGCUCCGUGGUGGCAGCCGCAGUAGCUGCACCGCCAGUGGCUGCGGCGCUGGCUGCGGCGGCGUCGAUCCCGAUCGGGUCGAUGGGGAAAUGGAUCGACUCGUUGCUGAACGACUAUCAGAACGCCUUGAAAGGGCAGAAGGAGGUGCUGAGCUCGAUGCAAGUAGGAACCUUUAUCGCCAUAAAGGACAUGGAUAGCAUUCGGGUGCUCAUCGACAAGCUGGAAAUGGGGAUUACCUCGCUGUUGGACGAUGCUGAAUUCGCCAUCAAGGACGUGGGGGCAGUGAAACUUGGGAUUGAGGAGAUCAGGAAGAAGAUGGAGGUGUUCAUGAAGAGCGUGGAGGAUUUGGGAGAGCAGGCUGAUAGAUGCAGCAGGGACAUUAGGAGAGCCAGGACUGUGGUGCUGCAGAGGAUUAUUAGGAACCCAGAAUGAAAAAGAGGAGGCAUGAAUCAAUGUAGGUGAACUCUAUGUGAUGUCCUCCUUCCAAAACCAGGAUUUGGAGCUACAUUUUCUUCUUAGGUUUUGUCAUGUUCUUCAUCAGAUUGUAGUCAGUUUUGUUGCUAUGUGGAAAAUCUGCAUUCCCACCGCAAUAAAGCUUCAUUGCUUGGACUCCUCCAAAAGAUGGUAUUUGCUUUUUUUAA